AUGUGUAUUGAAGAAACGCUUUGUCUUGAAAAUGAAAAGAAAAGAAUUAAGAGUGCCUUUAUUCCUGUUACUUUUAAUGACGGGCAAGUUACUAUUGUUGCUAAACAAAAAAAAAGGAGAAUUUCACCAGAAUUUCAAAAUUUUUGUAAAUAUCUUAGAGAAAGACAAAAUCAAAUGCCAUUACCAGAUUUAACAAUUGCUACACCAUUUAUGAGACCACAAUUAGUUGAUUGGUUAUUUAAAACAUCAGAAUAUCUUCACCUUUCAAAGAAAGUAAUAUUUCAAACAUUAACAUUAGUUGAUUUAUAUACAACUCGAGUAGUUGUUAAUUCUGAUGAACUUGGAUUAAUAUUUGUAACAUCUUUAUUUAGUUGUUCAAAAUUUGAGUCAACUGGAAUUAAAGUUAAUGAUAUACAAAGAUUAUGUAAUAAUAAAUAUGGAAAAGAUGAUAUUAUUGGAAUGGAAAAGAAGUUAUUAGAGUCUAUUAAUUAUAAAAUAGAUAAUCCUACAUCAUACGACUUUUUAAAUAUUCUUUGGGAAGCAGCAGGAUAUCCACAAUAUAAUCAAGAAGAAAGAAAUCAUCCAAUUAUUGAAGCAAGUAUUCAAUUUCUUCAAAUAAUGACAUUAGAUCCAUUUUAUACAAGUAAUUCACCAUCUUCACUUGCAGCAUCAGCAUUUUUCUUUGCACGAGAUUUUUGUCAUUUUGUUAAUUUAUGGGAUAUGAGAUAUCAACGAUGUUUAAUGAUGAAGAAAGAAGAAGUCAGAGAAGUUGCAUUAGACUUUGUUCCAAAAAUGCAAUAUUGUGUAAUGAAUCAAAGUAAAAGUUCAUUUAAAGUAUGUAUAGAUUUUGGAAGAAUGAUUGAAAGUCAUAGAAGAAAAUAUUGUGAAUGUAUUAAACACAUUCAAUCAAAGAAUACUAAACCACAAUGUUUUUGGGAUAAUAGUGAUGUGAAGAAUUUUGAUUGA